AUCCAAAACGGCGUUAUCGUUCGAAACGUUCGACAAUCACCAAGUUACUUCACGGUCAAUGAACCGAAUUUAUCCUUCUCUGAUUACCAACCUGACUACACACUUCUUCAAUACAUCCUCUUUCAGGGAUACAAAAUGUCAAUUCGUUACGAUCGACUCAACCACAACAAUUCAAUGUCUAAAAUCAAAGAACGAAUCUCAAAAGUGUUGCUACCGAAUUUGGGUAACGACUCGUCACGAACGACACUCUCUUCAUCGUCAUCAAUCGUCAAAUCGAUUAAUCCACAAAUGAUCACAUCCAAAUUUGGAAACCCAUCGAAGAUUGGCGAUGCGAUGCGAUUGAGUCGAAGCAUGAACAAUAUUGCAGCUGGAAGCGCUGCAAGCAUAGCGAUUGAUCACAAGAGCGCCGAUCGUUCGAGAAGAAAUAAAACGAACGACAUCCAUCACAAAUACCGUACUAAACAUCCUCCAAAGCCAACAAAAACGAUGAACCAACACAGCUUCGAAAAUCACCUUCAAGCACAAGAUUCGAGCGCUCGAUGUGUCUCUGCCGAGCUCAGACGUUCAAGUUCGUCAGAUAUCAACAAUUUCCACACGACACAAUAUUUAAUAUUUCCGAUAGCAGACAAAACGAAGGCACCCGUUCUGAUACAUUUCCCGGAGGAUGUAAUCGACAAUGAUGAGAAUCCAAUCGAUGACCAUUGGGGAUCAUCAGAUACGAGUUUAGAGGAAGAGGCAGAGAUGGCGUCACAAAUCAAAGGUGAUAUCGAGAUCACUUAUGAAAAUAACGAUGACGAUGUCAUUGCCGCUGAUGGCUUGCAUGCCCCUUUUAAUGAUCACCUUUAA